CACACACUGAAAUUUACUUUCGUGAAAAAGUUUAAUAAUACGAAAAAGAAGAGAAGAAAAGAAAAGAAAAGAAGAAGCGAAGGAAAGGGAAGAGAAGAAAACCAGUUUCAGAAAAGAAGAGAGUGUGUGUGUUGAGGAUGAGGUUGAAGUUGAGGAAGGAAUUCUUCCCCUUCUAUUCGAAAUCGAAACUCAUCAAUCAUAAUACUAAUCACAGUUAUCUGACACGUCAUUACCGUCAACUGCACUCCCCCGCAGCAGAUCUCUCAGCUCCGGCGACGGCGACGAAGACGACCACCGACUUGGUCUCGUUGACCCACCACUAUGCCACCUGCUAUUGGCAGCUCUCCAAAGCUCGCCUAAGCAUGCUCGUGGUUGCGACAUCUGGCACCGGAUUUGUCCUCGGAAGCACGAGUGCUGUUGAUCUUUCCGCUCUCUCUUGGACCUGUAUGGGUACCAUGAUGGUUGCUGCUUCCGCCAACUCUCUCAAUCAGGUUUUUGAGGUAAAAAAUGAUGCCAAAAUGAAGAGAACGAGUCGAAGGCCUCUACCUUCAGGACGAAUUUCAAUACCUCACGCAGUUGGAUGGGCAUCCUCUGUUGGUUUAGGUGGCACUGCACUCCUUGCCACUCAGGCUAAUUUGUUGGCUGCUGGCCUUGCUGCUUCCAACCUUGUUUUGUAUGCAUUCGUGUAUACUCCGUUGAAGCAGAUUCAUCCUGUUAAUACAUGGGUGGGGGCUGUUGUCGGAGCUAUUCCACCACUUCUGGGAUGGGCUGCAGCUUCUGGUGAUAUUUGCCUAAAUGCAAUGAUUCUUCCAGCUGCUUUGUAUUUUUGGCAGUUACCUCAUUUUAUGGCCCUUGCCUACAUGUGCCGGGAUGAUUAUGCUGCAGGAGGGUUUAAGAUGUACUCUCUUGCUGAUGAAUCUGGGCGGAGAACAGCACUUGUGGCUUUGAGGAACUCAAUAUAUCUUAUACCUUUGGGGUUCUUAGCUUACGAUUGGGGUGUGACCUCUGAAUGGUUCUGUCUCGAGUCCACUGCACUUACCCUUGCAAUAAGUGCUGCGGCAUUUUCAUUCUACAGAGACCGCACUAGAGAAAAGGCUAGAAGAAUGUUCCAUGCCAGCCUUCUUUAUCUUCCUGUGUUUAUGUCCGGGCUUUUAAUUCAUCGUCGUUCUGAUAACCAACAACCUUUAGAAGACAAUGCAGAGAGUUUUGUGAAGUCUUCAUCCUCUGCAGAGACUAUAGAGCUGGAAGAUGAAAAUGGUAACCAGAAGAUGGAGAGACAAUCCAAUCGGAGACAAGCACGGCCACCAGUAGCGUAUGCCUCAGCUGCCCCUUUUCCAUUUUUGCCUGCUCCUUCAUAUAAUGCCCCUUGAUAUCUAGUUUUCGGGUUUGUUAUUUAACACAUUUUUGUUACGGAGUUUUGUUUUGUUUUUGUAUAUUCAUUGAAAUGGUAUUCUGAUUGGCUGCCUUAAGCAGUUAAAGGGUGAUUUUAUUAUGUUCGCAUUGAAAAUUCCAGAAGAAUCAGCUAUCCGGAAUAAGGGAUAGGAUUUCAACGUUAUUUCACAGUGGAAUAAUAAUGUACAAUUAUAUUUCA